AUGUCCGCCAUUACGCGCAGCUCGAGCUCCUCCCCCGAUGUCCUAGGCCCGCCAGGCGACGCCGACUACCUAAUUUCGUCUCCAAUCAAGCCCUUUACCGGUCGCCAAAGCUUCUACUCGCCAGCCUUCAGCGCGCGCAAGCCACGUCCUUCCAAACGACCACGCGUGAGCCUCAGCCCGACGAAAAGUGCGCAUUCGAUCCGAUUCGACGAUGUCUUGCUUCCUGGCUCGCCUGCAAUGAAAUUCGCCGGUCGCCAUAGAUCUCCCUCGCCCUUGAAGGAUCAACAGGAUGGAAACGUGAGUCCGUGGCGCAUUCGACUCACCCUCGAGGCGACGCAGGACGAGGAGAAUGAGAGUGAAAUGCAGCUGAGCCCGUCGCGCAAACGACACCGACCGACAACCAUUACAACAAUGAUACCCUUGAAAGAUGGCCGUAGUCCAUUAUCGGAAAAAACGCCGUCGAGAUCGCGUCCACGCAAGCCAGACACCAAACCGCUUAAUGGUUCACCUUGGCCAGCCAGUGCUGGAAAUACACCAGGCCGACCAGGAGAAACACCUAAGAGAAAGCCGGGCCGACCGCGGAAGAAUACACCUAGGCCGAAUGUACAUGAUUCGCCUAUGAUUGAGGAUGAGCCAACGCCAGCUCCGGAACCCUUACACCUGCUUGAGACCGAGCAAGAGCCUCAAAUUCAAUUCAGCCCAAUGGAUAUUGUUGAGGAUAGAAGUGUUGAGCCCACGCGACAUUGGAGCCCGCUCAAUGUUGCAGAAAACGGUGAUUUAGAUAGUGACUCGCUUGGAGCGGAUGAUUUGCCCGUCGCAGAUCUCACUGGGCCAAUGCAAAGGAAUGGGGCGCACUUGAAUGCAAGCGCCACUCGGGAAUAUGGAAGGACCACAUACGACACGCCUAUUAUUACAGAACAGCAAUAUCUCGACAACGAGGAAAACAUCAACUCAACCCCGUCAAAGAUGCCUUCGCCGACCCGAGAAAGGCUAUCUUCAUCAGUCAGGUCGGCACGCGAUGCUGGUAUGGCCUCAUCGCCUCAAACAUAUCCCACUCCAACCCCAACUUCAUCGCUGGCCGAAGAAGAAAAUCAAGCGCGGGAGGCACAGGAACAACGACGGGAAAAUGAUGAUCAACAGCCCCUCUCCGACCCAACGGAGGAGCACGAGGAAUUCGAUUCGAUAAUGGAAAGCGAAGGGUUCACCAUGGUGUCUUUGGAUACUCUCCCUUCGGCCCAGCAGUUUGGGUUAGGCAGUAAUGCUAGCAGAGCUACAGACAAUGCCGCGAGAGUCUUACAAGAUCGACACAAUGGACGGAUUGGCGAUCGGUUGAAACGCAAACUCCCAGGAAUUAGUGAUCUUCAGAGUGAUAACCAUAGUUCAGCCAGGCCUAGCCCUGUGACUGACGAUUUGUCUACGGGAUAUCGCGUUUCCUCGCACGCCAGCCAUGCAUCGAAUCGGCCAGCCAAAAUAUCUCCUGCGAGGCCUGUCUCAUAUCCGGAUCUCCCUCCAACAUCUUCACCGUGGAAGGAACAACCCCAAUUCGAAGAAGAAAAAGAAGAGCCAAGGUCAGACAUUAUCCUCGAGAAUGAGUCAAUUGAACUAGAUGAUAUCGAAGAAGAGGAAGAGGAAGAGGAAGAGGAAUUGGACGAAUUGGAUGAAGUGCAUGUGAUACCCCAUUCGUCUCAAUCCGAACGAGAAGAAGUCUCCAGAACCGAUCCUACGAAUAAGAUUAGAUCGCAACAAGAGGCCGAAUGGCACAAGGAGCGACAGGAAGUCAGCCGAAAUGCACAAGAAGCCAUCGAUUCCAACCACAUCAUCUACAUCGACAGUGACCAAAAUGCCUCUGAAAAUGAAGGAUUGCCAGAGGAAAAUGAGUUUAGCGAUCAUCUACAAUCUGAUUUUGGGUCUAUUGGUGAGGAAGAUCGCAGGCAGCCUGAUGUAUUUGAAGAGCAAAAUGCGUUUAGUGAUCACCUACACUCUGAUUUCGGGUCCAUCGGCGAGGAAGAUCGCAGGAAACCCGGAAUUUUUGAAGAGGACAGAGCUUUUAGCGAUCAUCUACAGUCCGACUUUGGGCCCACCGGGGAAGAAGAGCGACGGGAGCCUGAAAGAUUUGAAGCCAUGGACGAACAGGAAGAGCCUGAGGGUCUUGAGCAAUUUGCUGAUGAAGACUUUGUUGGCUCCGUCGAUUCUGAAAAUGCCGGUCAAUCGAAACCAAGACCUGUCCUCUCCAGUCCCUCUGUCACGAAACGGCCUUUGUAUGCCGAAACCGAAGUAUCAGAUGGCGAGGACAAUGGCUACGAUGAUAUCUGGCGUCAGGAACCUGAUUAUCCAAAGCUUGAGACAAGACAUGCACAUGAGCCGGAGCCCGUGUCAAUCGCCAAUCAGGAAACGGAAAUGGAAGACGAAGAAGACGAAGACGGCUUUGAUGACAUCUGGCAACAAGAAGCCCGUGACAACAGUCACAUCUCGCAUCAUUCGGAAAACCAACAACAUCACCCUGUCGAAGAGGCUGCUAGCCCUUGGCGAAAAAUUGCGGGAAAACCUUCGUCUCAAAAUUAUCUCAGCUCCUCUCCAGCUUACGUGGACCUAGAAAAGGAUGGCAUACGCCACUUGAAUCAAACGCAAAUCCGCAAACUCCGCGAACGCGAAGUAGAUCUCUCAGCUCUUCUUGCAGCAGAUGAUACGCCCAAUCGCGCACGCUACUACAACGGCACAAGCACUCCCAGAAGUAUACUACGCUCCGCUACACAGCACUCAUCCAUCAAUGGAUCUGCUCUUAAAAGCCAGCCAAGUAACCCUGGAAAACGGGUUCGCUUACAACCGCUCUCUCAAUCUCCCGAGAGAGAACCAGAAGCCGAACAGGAGUCCCCCAUUUUCCGUCAUAAUUAUUCCCAACAAGAGGCUCACGCCAACGACGUGGAUGAGAUUGAUAGCGUUCAUGAUGGAGCCUCCAGCGAGGGCGAACUGGCGCAUGGGGAUAUAACCAUCACCCCAGAACACCAGCGUCAGUCAGAUGUGGAACCCCAAGGGUCGUCCUGGUUCCAACGAAUCACCAGUCUUACUCCUAGAUGGCUCAAGGCCCCUGCCCAUUCUGAUGACGACGAGCCUAGCUCUGCCUCUGAAGCCGAUCCUAGGGAUAUUUCCGAAGAUGAGCUGGAAGACGGUCAAGUUGACCAGGGCGAACUUUCCAUCCAAUCACCUCAGAUGGAUCAUCAUUAUCAUGAAAAAGCAUCGACUUCCCACCGUUCCUCGGACCGUUCAAGCGAAUCACCUCUUGGGGUUGAGAGGACACCUCAGUCAAUGGGUCUCGAACAAGGGCAUAGUGAGGCUGUCUCUUCAGUGGAAGAAGAGGACGGGAGGAACCGGUUGGAACGGAGCAUUUCAAGCGAAGUUGUCGAAGACAACCCUGCAAAUAUGAUUGAAGAAGAGCACGACUCGCCGAAAGGGCCGAGGCCACUCGCCGUGUUUGGCUACUUCUCAAAUGACCACUACCUGGCUCUUCGGCGCGUCUACCGAAUCGCGAAACGCCACCCCGAGCGGUUCCCAUACUACGAUGCACCAGGGCGGGCCCAGAUUAUUGGUGAUUGGAUCUGGACUUCAGAUGGACUCCAUGGAGUUCCGAUCUCUGAAGCGCAGUUUGCGAUCAUUGAUCGAUUUGUAAAUGAACUUUCGCAUGCCGAUGUACAAUAUGGUGGAUCGGGGCAAGUGGAGUGGACCGAUGCAGAUCUGCAUAGGAGAUUGAUCAGCAUAAUCAUUGGCGAGCAAAUCCGAGACGAGCGAAAGGCCCAGGCGAACCGUGGGGCCUCUGUCGAUACAUGGCAAUGA